UUGAAGGAGAAAAAAAGCAAUAAGUUUUUGACAGACCGUGAGUAUUUCGGAAACUUUGGAUAUGGAGAGUUCUUUAAUUCUUCAUCAUCGUCUGUCCAAUGCGAUUUAGUGGAAGGUGAAUUUGACUAUCGGCAGCUACCAUUUGAUAGACGUUUAACAUAUCAUGUCAGAAAAUUUUGCGAAAAAACGUCAGCACACGGUAUUCCGAUGAUCGGGCAAGCUCCAAACAAAUACUACAGGAUUAUUUGGAUCAUUUUAUUUUUUGGAUGUGUUACAAUGCUUUAUCAGAAUGCCAGAAGUGUGCUAAAUAAGUAUCAUCGUAACGAAAAAAUUGUUGACAUUCAACUCAAAUUUGAGAGCGCUCCGUUCCCAGCAAUAACGCUAUGCAAUUUAAAUCCUUACAAACUUGGUUUGGCAAAAAACCACGAUCUGAUUAAUCGAACGCUAAACGUCUUUAGUGGAGCGAUGAAGAAAGCAGGCCGUACCACAACAGAAAACGGUCGCGGAAAACGCGACGCUGGAGACUUUGAACGACCUGAUUCAGUUUCUCUUUAUGAGCCAGUUCGUUGGCAGGCUUCUUUUUACAACAGAUACUUAGCUCCAGAAGAUGUAAAAAGAGAAAUACCAAAAAGCAAAAACGAAACCUGCAUUUGCGCAUUUGAUCGCUAUACAACUGAUGCCUACCCGUGUUUCGCCAUUCAAGAAUGGGAACCUCAUACCUGCACAAACUGUACUCAGCAAGCUACCUGUAUCAGAGAUCGUUAUGGUCGUAUGGAUUGUUUAUGCGUUGGUAAGCAUUGCAUUGCAUACGAUGGUUCUGCUGCUCUGAUAGAAAUAUGGGAAUAUCUAGCCGGUCCGACUGAAGAUCCAACCUUUUUGAAGGCAAUGGGGUUUCAAGGAAUGACUGAUGAGGUGGCUAUCGUGACAAAAGGAAAGGAAAAUAUAUUAUUUGUGACAGCAACUUUGUCUAUGGAAGCACGACAGAAUAUAUCGACUCCAAAACAAGAGCUGAUACAUAAGUGCUCAUUCAACGGUCUCGCGUGCGACAUUGAUCACGAUUUUCUCACUCAUGUCGAUCCAAAUUUCGGCUCUUGCUUCACGUUCAACCAUAACCGAAGUCAGAACUUAACAAGUAUCAAGGCAGGUCCUAUGUACGGGCUCCGGAUGUUGGUUUAUGUGAACGCUUCACAGUACAUGCCGACUACUGAAGCCACAGGAGUUAGGCUAACGAUACAUGACAAGGAAGAGUUUCCUUUCCCAGAUACCUUUGGUUACUCGGCACCCACAGGAACUAUAUCUUCGUUUGGGCUUAGAUUGCGCCGAAUGAGCCGACUGCCAGCGCCAUAUGGAGAUUGUGUUCCUGACGGAAAAACUUCUGACUACGUUUAUCAGAAUUAUGAAUAUUCAGUUGAGGGCUGUUACCGCUCUUGUUUUCAACAGUUAGUCCUAAAAGAAUGUGGCUGUGGUGAUCCACGAUUUCCAGUUCCUAAUGGUUACACUCACUGCAGGCCGGAAGAUGAUGCUGCAAGGUCUUGUUUGGAGCAACGUACCAGCGAUUUGGGCGGUCUUCAUGGAAGUUUCCGCUGCAGAUGUCAGCAACCAUGCAAACAGUCGAUCUAUUCAGUUACAUAUUCGCCUGCAAAGUGGCCUUCGAAUUCGCUCCAGGUACCAUUGGGGUCAUGCACCGGAACGAGCAGUGAAUGCAAUAAGCACUACAGAGACAACGGAGCAAUGAUUGAAGUUUUUUACGAACAGUUGAACUUUGAGAUGCUAACAGAAUCUGAAGCAUACGGUUUCGUCAAUUUACUGGCCGAUUUUGGUGGACAACUGGGUUUAUGGUGUGGUAUCAGCUUUCUGACUUGCUGUGAAUUCGUGUUCUUCUUUUGCGAGGUGGCGUACAUGUCGGCAUCGCAUAACUACGGCAAGUGGAAGAAACGUAAAGAUGAAAAAAACAAGAUGUUAGCAAAAUAA